GGAAAUGAUUAAUGUUUUAGUAUUGUUUAGUGCAAGUUUCACAUUAAUAAACAUUAAGAUUGUGUAGGAUAGAUGAAGGUUUAAUUAGUGAGGAUGAAGAAAUUCCAAUUCCUCCGAGCUAAAACCCUAGAAGAUAUCUCCAUUGCAAAAUUCCGAUCUCGAUAUCGCUUAAGCCUUCUCCUAUUCAGCGCUUGCAAUGGUGGUCUGUAAAUGCCGGAAGGCAACCAAGUUGUACUGUUUUGUACACAAGGUUCCAGUGUGUGGAGAAUGCAUAUCCUUCACGGAGCACCAUAUAUGUGUGGUACGCACAUAUUCCGAAUGGGUUAUAAAUGGAGAGUAUGAUUGGCCUCCAAAUUGUUGUUUCUGUCAUGCUGUGCUUGAAGAGACAACAGAUACUCAAACUACUCGACUGGGGUGCCUGCAUGUCAUGCAUACAAAUUGUUUGGUUUCACAUAUUAAAGGGUUCCCACCACAAACUGCUCCAGCUGGUUAUGUCUGUCCAGCCUGUUCAACUUCUAUAUGGCCUCCUAAAAGUGUCAAAGAUUCUGGGUCACGUCUUCAUUUAAAACUGAAAGAAGCAAUAAUGCAGACUGGCUUGGAGAAAAGUUUGUUUGGAAAUCAUCCAGUUUCAUUGCCUCCAACAGAUUCUCGUAGUCCUCCACCUGCUUUUUCUUCAGAUCCAUUGAAACACUUUUCUGAAGCUGGAGUCUCUGGGAAAGAUAUCACAGCAGGGGGUAUAGAGGCCGUUAAAACAGGUUCCUUAAGCCCAUCAGCUCUGGGUAUUGUUCAAAUAGAUGGACUAAACUCAGCUUCAACUCAGACCAGUCAUGAGGCCAAUUUCACUAAAAGCUCAAGUCCUCCCGCUCCUGGGGCUACCACACGAAAGAGCACACUACAAGUUGAAAGGCAAAAUUCUGAAAUUCCAUAUUAUGGUGAUGAUGAAGAUGGUAACCGCAAAAAGUACACAAGAAGGGGUACACUUCGACACAAGUUCUUUAGAUCUCUGCUGCCUUUUUGGUCAAGUGCAUUACCAACACUACCUGUAACUGCACCAUCUAAAAAAGAAGCAUUAAAUGCUACAGAUGGUUUGCCAGAAGGUCGUACACGCCAUCACAGAUCAUCAAGAAUGGAUCCAAGAAAAAUUCUCCUUUUUAUAGCAAUCAUGGCUUGCAUGGCAACAAUGGGUAUCUUGUAUUAUAGAAUUGCACAACGUGGUCUAGAGGAGCUGCCUGAUGAUGAACAACGUGGCCCUAAUAAUGUGAUUAAAGACAAGGGUUUUGCGGGCAAUUAGGAAGAUGGCAGUGUUUGGGAAUCCUUCCAUCAUUGGUUGCUUGCUAUCUAUCAGUAUAUUACAAGGCUUUGUAUAUUAACCCUGUUGGCUCUUCUCAAUUCUUUAGACUUGUGUACUUGACAUUUCUAGUCUUGUUCUAUUGUUCAUUCAUAAGAACCUUAUACUUCAGAAGAGUGGGACUCUGAAGUCUUCUGUUCUAGGUAUUGUCUUUGCUCAUAAACUUCUCAAGUUGAUCAAACAUCGAAACACAUUAAGGUUCUUGCAGCGAUGAUUUUUCCUUUUAAUAAAUGUUUCGAAAACCU